AGUUCCUCCAGGGAGAACCCAGCGGAGAAAUCAUCGAGAGCUUUGUCCACAUCGGACACGACUGGGUCUCCGACGUUGGGAUCUACGAGUUCACCAUGGCCACCGACGGAUCCAAGGUCCGCGGACGCUAUUCCUUUGUCUACGCCAUGGAAGACGGCGAGUGGAAGAUCGCCCACCACCACUCSUCKAUGAUGCCCGAGCCCAUGCUCGCGGCCGCCGAGCCGCUCGAGGCACCCGGUGUCCAGAUCUCCAAGAUGGCCGAUGUGUCCUCCGGCGCCUCGGCAAUUGCCAUCGGAAACGGGGUCGCGGCCUUCGCGGCCGUCGCCGUUGCCAUUGCUCUCUAAACAGGAGGGCCGUCGGUCGCGAAACGGAGGACGAGAUGGGUUGCUGUUGUCGUUGCUUGGAGCAAACAGCGACCUCGGAGCCCGCAGUUGAAGGAUGAUUUGUUCCGGAACAGAAUCUCGAUUUUUGGGCUGCGGGUGACUUUUCGAAGGUACUGGUAAUUGUAACAAGUGAUCUACAGUAAUACUAGUAGUAAAAGUACCAGAUCCAAUUUCUACAGAAUUAAAUAUCUAUUGUAUGU